AGAGAUUGUGUCAUCUAUGGCUGCCAUGAAAACUUCUAACUAUGGUGACCAUUUCAGGCCAGAAAAAUUAAAAGAAUGGCCAGACCCCAAGGCAGUUUCUUUAAUGGAGGCAUUAGCUAGAGAAGACAUUGAUGAAGCUGUACAUGCAAUAUUACUUAGAGAAAAUUAUGUUGUGAAGGGAUUAGAUAUGUAUUUUCAGCAUCUGGAAAAUUUUAAAGAAAGAAGAAGAGAAAUAUUACAUAAAAAAUGGGUUGAAAAUGUUGUAAAGCCUCUUCAGCAGAGAAUUAUGGAAAAAGUAAUUUCAUAUAGAGGGCUGAAAAAAACAAAACAAGAGAAUUUUGAAUAUUAUUUACGGCAUACAAAUAAAACGGAAACUGUAUUUGGAAAACAUUAUGAUCCUGAAGUAUAUAAUCCUUUUUAUAUGAAGAAAAAGGACUCAAGAUAUGGAAAGGUUUCAGUCCCAUCAUUUUAUGACCCUCUGUUUCAAGGACAGCAAGAGGCAGAUGAAGAGAACAGAGCUAUUCUCCCAUGUGAGACAGGAAAACAAUAUUCCAGAAAAGAAUUUAAAGAACUAGAAAAGACCAGGCUGCGUUCGAACUUGCCCCAGUUCCCUUUUACUCUGCGCAGUGUGAUGCCAAAAGAAAGGCGGGAGGCCUUUGUGAGAACCGCGAGAAGUGAAAUUCAUAGUCCAUGCAGACCUGAAAAGCUAACCUGUGUAGAAAAGAAACAUCUGUCUGAUAAAGAGAAAAAGACUACAGACCUAAGUCAGACUGCUUUUGAAAGGCAGUUUCAUUUCUCAAAGCUCAACCAGGAGAAUAAAAAGGAUGAGAAGAAGAGUCCGGUGAGCAGAGGUCGGGGGGAGCAGGGGCCAGGACAGCACAAUUUUGCAGAGCCCACAAGAUAG